AACACAGCUCCUCCACAAUUCCACUAAAUCCGUUUCAAACUUUUCCCAAACACAACGCAAAUCCAAAGAGCAAAUUCGAGAUCAUCAUAGGAUAAUCCCACGCCACUAAACAAUACACAAGAUGAUGAUGCUCAAUCCGGCGUCCGGGGCGGCAGCGCUGGAGAGCAUCCGGCACCAGCUCCUGGAGCUGGAAGAGCCGCCGGCGCCGUCGCGGCCGGCGUACUGCCGGAGCACGAGCUUCGGCAGCCUCGUGGCGGACCAGUGGAGCUCGUCGCUCCCGUUCCGCCCCAACGACGCGGACGACAUGGUGGUCUACGGCGCCCUCCGCGACGCCUUCUCCUGCGGCUGGCUCCCCGACGGCUCCUUCGCCGCCGUCAAGCCCGAGCCCCUGCCUUCCUCCCCGGACUCCUACGACAGUUCUUGCUGCCUCGGCACCUUCCUCGCGUCGCCCGGGCCACCAGAGACGCCAACGUCGAUGGGGACACAGGAAGAUGAGGCCGAGCUGGUGCAGUCAGCGGCGGGGAACUCGAGCUCGAGGGGGAAGCACUUCAGAGGGGUGAGGCAGCGGCCGUGGGGCAAGUUCGCGGCGGAGAUCCGGGACCCGGCCAAGAACGGCGCGCGCGUGUGGCUCGGCACCUUCGACAGCGCCGAGGACGCCGCCGUGGCGUACGACCGCGCCGCCUACCGCAUGCGCGGCUCCCGCGCGCUCCUCAACUUCCCGCUCCGCAUCGGCUCCGAGAUCGCUGCCGCGGCAGCCGCUGCCGCCGCCGUGGGAGACAAGCGUCCGUGUCCCCAACCCCAGCCGGCGAACUCCGACUCGUCUUCUCCAUCCUCCUCCAGCGGCACCUCAUCCGGCUCCGGGCCGUCGAAACGGAGGAAGAGAGGCGAGGCUGCGGCCGCGUCCAUGGCCAUGGCCUUGGUGCCGCCGGCGCCGGUGCAGGCUCCCGUCCAGCUGACCCUCCCGGCCCAGCCAUGGUUCGCCGCAGGUCAUGUCCAGCAGCUAGUGAGCUAAGCGGGGGCACGGAAUCAGUGGCCGUUCUCGUGAGUGAUAAGUUGCUUGUAUCGAGCAAGUUGAGGAACAGAGCAUCCAGAAGGGGUCAAUGGCGUAAUGCAUUGCUCAAAGAAACGCCAUGGGUUGGAGGCAAUCACAUAAACGUGGCAAUUGACCCAUUGUAAUCAGGGUGUUCAUGGGUCUCAUGUGUGUGGUGCCGUGUGAAAUUUGUCGCUAUGGGUUAUUAGCAUGAUGGCAUCGGCACAUUAGCAAGUGGUGCAGCGAAAUCUGGAAGCUUGUUUGUGAGAGUUGCUUAAUUGAGAGUGCAAGACUUGCACAAGACAAUGGAGAAUAUUCUUUGUUCAACUCUUCUUUGGUACUGUAUCUCAUCAGUGAUUCCUUCCAUACAUUGUCAGGUUUCUCGUUCAUGGUCUAACUAAACGACAUGAUUAAUAUUA